AUGGUUGCCUCUUCUAUCAUCACGACAGUGUUCGCACUUGUCUCUCUCGCAACUGCUCAAUGUGGCUCAGGCUCCCCUGAUGCACGGGUGACUGGCUCAGGUAGCUCGUUCAAGGCCGUCAAAGGUUCAAGUGAGGUGUACUCCGGCUCCAAUUACUUGGCUGCCAUACAAGCCGCGCUUGACUCCGUCGCAAGCGGUCAGCGCGUGUCCGUCAUUGCCUCAGGUUCCAUCGGCGCCAGCACAAUCACAAUUACCAGCGGCAAGAUAUUCGAAGGAUGCGGAACCAUCAAUGCUGUCGCAAGGACCGACCGCGGAGCCAUUGAGUCGAGAGACACCACGGGGGUCCAAAUUCCCUACCUCACCAUGACCGGCAGUCCCGUCUUUGGCAUGCGGUUCUCUGGGACCCGAGAUCUGACUCUGGGGAAGCUGAACUUCAACCUCAGUAGCGGUAUGGGCAUUCGUUUUGACCGUGAUAGGCCUGCGAACAGCAACGUCAAGAUGGACACCAUCUCCUGCAAUGGUCCUACCAGCCACUGCGUCGAAGUCUGGAAGAUUACUGGACUCGAAAUCAACUCUGUCAUCGCGAAGAAUUGCGGCGAAUCAGGCUUGCUGCUCCAAAAUUCUACCAACAUCAGGGUUGGACUUGUUGACGGCGAUAACGUCGGUGGAGGAACCGGCUAUGGAACCCUCCGCUUCGCGAAUAACAACGGCCAACGCGCUGACGGCAGCUACACCACCAACGUCUUCGUUGAUAGGGUCAAGUCUCGCGGCGGCGGCCGUGGCGUCUUCUGUGUCUCGCAAUCCGGCGCUGCUGAGAUCGGAACCGUCGACCUUGCGGAAAAUGGCAACAACGCGAUUCUUAUCGAGAACUGCUACGGCAUCAAGAUUAAGGGCGGGACUGUUAACGGUGGAGGAGAAGUUCGCAUCUCUGCUCGCACUGAGUUUCCGAACACAAAAGAUAUCGACAUCACUCUGCAGGUCGACAACACGUCGUUGCGACAGUCGAACCGAAAGUUCGCAGGGACGCUCCAGAACAUCCAAGACGAGCUCGUAGCUCACCGUACGAUUAUACUCAACGUCCAGUCACGAGUAUCUCAUACUGAACACAAUCCUUGUACCGUCGAGGGGGCAAAUGAGUUGAACGACGCACAUUCUCACACCAGACACGCAAGCGAGGAGAGCCAAAAAUGGUGGCAAGCAUGUCAGAACUUUGCGGACAAUUGCGACACGCCAUUCAAUGCGAACGUAUUCUUCAAACCUCCAGAACGCCUUUUGAGGGUCAAAUCACGAAUCGGAAAACUGGAAGCAGGGUCUGUGACUCCGCGCAUAACCUCUGAUUUCGAUUAUGGCAUAAAUCGCAAAUCGAGUUUGACAACGAUACCUGUCGAAGAACGCCGAUCGGACGUUGAAGUGCUUGAGAAGCAGGGAUCCGCGCUUGAAGAAGUAGAAAGCGAGAUGUUAGGGCUAGAAGUUGGCUGCAGCAACAAGAGAGACGAUAUCGUUGAACGGAUCAUGCAGAAGGUCGGCAGUGGAAUCUCCAAGCGAUACUCUCUUGUCAUCGACAAGGCGUAG